AUGGUGGAGACUCACACGCAAAGUCGGAACAAGCGACCUGGAUUACCGGACCUACCACCCAAACACCAAAAGGCUGUCAAUGCCGAGUUGCUAGCCAAUGGCGACGAUGCUCUGACUGGCAGGGUGAAGGCUGGUGCUGUGAAGAAACCAGGAGGCCAAAAAUCCACAAAGGAACAGAAGGUCCAUGCUGCAGGAACAGUUGCUCAGCUCGAGAUCAGCAUGGAGAUGGAGGAUGUAGAAAAAGAAAGGCUUGCAGUGCGACAACCCAGUCCCACUCUUAACAAAGUAUCCCGGAAGCCAAGUACUGGAAUUUGGUCAGCAAUUCCACCAAAUUCAGUUCAACUAAGUGUCCACAGUGGGUCUCAGUCGGCAAGUCAAGCACAACUGGGUAACUUGCAGAUUAUUCAAUCACAGGACACUGAUGAAGCAUUUAUUAUAGCUCAUGUUGAUGUCAGUCAGAAUGAACAUGAUAAUGACUCACUGCUGGUAAAGAUCAGUAAGGGACAGAAGUUGCACAGAGAUAUUGAGAAUGUGAAGGACAGUUUAGGGGGAGGGAAACGGAGUCACAGCAAGCAACACACCUGUAGUGAUGAUGAAGGUGCCCCUGCAACUGCUGGAGGCAUGACUGACUCCAUGAAACACCCCCUUCAUAAUACUGUUAAGUCUGGUGGUUUUGAAGAUGAGCAAGAAGAUGACAAGGAAUGUCAGGCAGGCCCACGUGCACAAUUCCCAACACCUAUCAUUACGGAUGGGGACAACAACAUUUUGACUCUGCCCAUAGUGUCUGUAUCGAAGAGUGUCUCACCUAUCAAUAGGAUGCCUGCAGCUAUAGGUGAGGAACAAGAGGGAAAUGCAUUAGAUGACGAUCUACUAGUUCCCGACUCAGAGAAUGAGGUGGAUAGAGCACCUGCGGUCGACAUUGAAUGCGAGGCCAAUCCAAGCAUCAAUGCAAAGACCAAAUAUGAAUUCAAGGCACAGUCAAAGGCUGAUAGGAACACUGGAGAGGAGGGUGAACAGGAGACAGUCAACUCAACAUCAGAAGGCUCAGAUAAUGAAGACAUCAUGCAUCACCCCGUGACACUGAAGCCUUCCCAUGGUUCUUUUCAUGAUAUGUUAAGAGUUCAUUUCUUGCAGGUCAAUGCAACCUUGGAAGACUCGGAUGAUGAAGAAAUCAUGCAUUGCCCCACAAAAAUGAAGCCUUCCAACAAGAAUACCUUCACUCACAUUGACCAAGAGACGACUAAUAGAUCAAACAAGUCUAAGACCAGGGUUUACACGACCCCGGAAGGUUCAGAUGAUGAAGAACUCCUGUGUCACCCCAUGAAUGUGAAGCCUUUUCACAGGAAAACCUCCAGUGGCAGGCCCACUGCAAAUGCACCCUUGGGCAUCAACUGA